GGUUUGGUCAAGGAUGGAGAGCAGCUCGUGCGGCAUCUGCCAUGGCGACAUGCGCCGCCGCGGCGAGGCCGUGUUCACGGCGGAGUGCGACCACCAGUUCCACUUUAGCUGCAUCUCCGGCAGCGUCGCGCGCGGGCGCAUCGCCUGCCCGCUCUGCCACACGCGGUGGCGCGAGUUCCCGUCGUUCCGCGGCAAGGACGCACCGGCGCCGGCGGGCGCGUCGGUGGCACAGCCGUUCUUUAGGCCUGUGGAGCCACGGGUGUUCGACGACGACGAGCCGCUGGUCCGGGCGCCGAGGCGUCUCGGGGAGCGGAAGCGCGUCGGGGCGGCGAGUGUGGCGUCGGAUGGUGGGUCGCCGGUGGCGCUCGCGACGCACUGCGAGCACUCGGCCGUCGCGAGGGAUGUGUCCCGGGAGGACUUCGCCGUGCUCGUUCACGCCAGGGCUCCUUCCGGGGGUGGCGCCGCCGCCGCCGCCGCCGAGGCGCCGCGAGCGCCGCUCGACCUAGUGACCGUGCUCGAUGUGAGCGGGAGCAUGGUGGGGAACAAGCUGGUGCUGCUGAAGCAGGCGAUGGGGUUCGUCAUCGAUAACCUCGGCCCCGGCGACCGCCUCUGCGUCAUCUCCUUCUCCUCCGGCUCGAGCCGCCUGAUGCGGCUGACGCGCAUGACGGACGGCGGGAAGGCGCACGCGAAGCGCGCCGUGGAGUCCCUCUCGGCGCGCGGCGGCACAAACAUCGGGGCGGCGCUCCACAAGGCUGCCAAGGUGCUCGAUGAGCGCCUGUACCGGAACGCCGUCGAGAGCGUCAUCCUCCUCUCCGACGGCCAGGACACGUACACCGUGCCGGCGCGCGGGGGCUACGACCGCGACGCCAACUACGACGCGCUCGUGCCGCCGUCCUUCGUGCGCACCGAGGACGGCGGCCGGUCCCCGCCGGUUCACACGUUCGGCUUCGGGAAGGACCACGACGCGGCGGCGAUGCACACCAUCGCCGAGGUCACCGGCGGGACGUUCUCCUUCAUCGAGAACGAGGCGGCAAUCCAGGACGGGUUCGCUCAGUGCAUCGGUGGCCUCCUCUCCGUCGCUGUGCAGGAGCUCCGCCUCGACGUCGCGUGCGUGGACACAGGCGUGCGCGUCACGGCGAUCAAGUCCGGCAACUACAAGAGCCACAUCGACGAGGACGGCCGAGCCGCCACGGUUCACGUCGGCGAGCUCUACGCCGACGAGGAGAGGAGCUUCUUGCUGUUCGUCAUCGUCCCCAGAGCUGAGGCAUGGGACGACGCCACCCGCCUGGUCGAAGUGAGCUGCUCUUACCGAGACAUGGAGACCGGACGGACCACGAGCGUGGCCGGCGACGAGGAGGCGGUGGUGGACAGGCCGUCGCGGGCGGAGGCCGGCGUCGCCGAGCGCUCCGUGGAGGUCGACCGGGAGCUGGUCCGGGUGGAGGCGAUCGACGACAUCGCUCUGGCGCGGGCGGCCGCCGAGCGCGGCGCGUACGCGGAGGCGGCGGAGAUCCUCCGGAGCAGGCAGCGCGCGGUGGCGCGCUCCGCGGCGGCGCGCGCGGGGGACGCCAUGUGCGCGGCGCUGUCGGGGGAGCUGCGGGAGAUGCGCGCCCGCGUGGCGGACCGGCGGCAGUACGAGCUGUCCGGGCGCGCCUACGUGCUCGCCGGGCUGAGCUCGCACGCGCAGCAGCGGGCCACGUCGAGGCAGAUGUCCGGCGAGCUCCGGCGGUCGCCGCUCCCGACGGGGAUCACCGUGUCGUACGUGACGCCGGCGAUGCUGGACAUGCUCGACCGGUCGCGGCGGUCGCGAGAGCUGACGCGGCCGUAGCCGCAGCCGCAGCACCACCAUCACCAGCGCGACCGGGAGAGGGGAAGAAGCUGGAACUGAUGAACCCCCCCUCCCCUCCCUGCGUCCUCCGUUGAUCGCUGGAAUUACACUUGACCAUUUUGCUCAUAUCAAAACAUUGCAAUUUGCAACCAGAAAAUGUUUCCGGUGUGUUGCACCAAUUUUGUUGCUUAUCGCAGGAAUAAACGA